GUCAUUUUAAUUUUUGUUUACCCGCGAAAACAAACUUUGUUAAAGGAAAAGAAAGCAAAUUUUCGCAAUUUUAAAAGUUAAAACAAUGAAGUUUAGAGCAGUUAUGGUCGAUUCAGCGCCGAUGAGAGAAUUUUCAAAUAUUGUGACUACAAUUUCGAAGUUAUCAAAAGAGUGUGUGUUACGAUUAUCAAGUGAGAAGAUUUAUUUUAUUGUGAAUGAUGAUUCAAGUGGUCCUGCACCUCCUGUACUGUGGUGUGAAAUACCACAGAUGAUGUUUUUCUCUGAAUAUCAAUUAACAGGAGUAGAUGAUGAACACAAUGAUAUAUACUUAGGAUUUAGUUCAGUGAAUUUAUCAAGACCUCUAGUGACACUCAAAUCGGCUAAAUCGUUGAAGAUGAAAUUAACAAAGAAACAAUGUCCAUGUCUAACAUUAGAAAUUGAAUCGCCAUCAUCAACAUCACAACAAACAAGACAAGUGAUUCAUGACAUACCAGCUGUUGUUAUACCAAGGAAAUGUUGGUCGGAUUUCCAUGAACCUCAAGUACCGAAACCUGAUAUUUCAAUAGAGUUGCCAUCAUUAAAACAGCUAAGAACAACAAUAGAUAGGAUGAGGACAAUGUGUUCAGAUGUAUUGAUCCGAGCCUCUGCGGAGGGCAGACUAACUUUGCAAAUAAAAACAGACACUGCUAAAGUCUCUACUAGAUUUAAGGCAUUAAAAGUCGAAGCUUUCGAAGGUCCCAUCGAGCAUUCUGACUCUGAAUCCGAGACACAAAUUAAUGAAGAUCGUUCUAGAAUUUGUGUUUGUAGGGUAGAUGCUAAAAAACUAUCAAUGUUCCUAAACGCAGACCAAAUAACACAUAAUCGUGUCACUUGCAAUGUUGUACACAAACGUCUUAUAACACUUUGCCUGCAGACGGACGAGAAUGUACAAUUACAGUGUUUUAUAACUGGCAUUGUUUAUUAAAGUUAUUGUUGA